AUGAAGGACGGGUCCGACUACGACUUCGUCGACACCGUCGGCGACGCGGACGAGCAGACCCACAGCCACGUGCCCCAGUGCUGCGUCGUCUGCGAGGGCAAGAAGCUCCACUCCGCCGAGCUCGUCGCGCGCCUCGCGGACGCGUGCAGCGCGCCGGACCACAAGGUCAUCGUCUUCUUCACGACCGCGCGCCUCACGCAGCUCUACAGCGAGCUCCUCGUGGGCCUCCAGGGCGCCCAGGCCCGGGGCCAGGCGCCGGACCUCGCCUUCCUCGCGAAGACGCGCAUCCUCGAGAUCCACUCGCGCAAGUCGCAGUCCCACCGCACCAAGGUCGCGGACGCGUUCCGCGACGCCACCGGCGGCUGCUGCCUCUUCACGUCCGACGUGUCCGCGCGCGGCAUGGACUACCCGGACGUGACGCGCGUCGUCCAGUUCGGCGCGCCGGCGGACGCCGCCCAGUACGUGCACCGCCUCGGCCGCACCGCGCGCGCGGGCAAGGAGGGAUCGGGGUGCCUGUUGCUCUCGGACUUCGAGGCCUACUUCCUCGAGGACAAGGCCAUCAAGGCGCUCCCCAUCGCCAUGCAGCGGCCCCUCGUCGCCGGCGACGCCACGGGCGCCGUGCUCGGCCGCGUCGACGCCGCGCUCAUGGGCGCCGCGCGCGCGCUGCCGCCGGAGACGUGCGGCGCCGCCUACCAGGCGUGGCUGGGCUUCUACAACUCGUCGCUCCGCCGGCUCCGCUGGGACCUGUGCCGAAAUCAAAUCUUCAACCCGACUUCAAUGUGCGCGUAUGCGAAUGUUUCGACGCGAGGCUUUCUGCCGUGCUUCGAGAACUCGCUGAGAGCAAUCGAUUCGUCCAAAAAUCAGCCGAAUCGACUUCGAUUUGACCGAGCUAGAGAUUUCUCAAGUUUGGCCCCGACGUCCCAGCUCACUGGUUGA